GAAGAAGAAGAAGAAAAGCAGCUGUAGCUUAUUAAGGAUAAAUUACAUGAGAAGGCCCGUUAAAGUGGAGCUGGGAUGUGUUACUUUGCGGCAGCUCACCUUCAACUGCCUCAACCUGCUCUCCGACAACAAACACGGCCUCGAGCAGCACGUCGCAUCACUCCGUGUCGGCGCUGAAACGUGAGACAACUCACUUUUUUGUUGCUGGUUAACUCCCCUUGGCUUAGUGGAGUGUGAAGGGUGCGUAAUGUUUAACGUCGCGCACCAGUGUGGUAAAUACUCUCCUACACACUCCGCGGUCAAAGAUGACUCCCACUUAACCGUGGAGACUGUUCAGAUCAGCGUUUACCCGCCGUACGAAACGGAGGCGACGUGGCCGCCGUGGGGCGCCAAGAUGCGGAUCUCCAAAGCCAACAACAAGGGCGCGGGGGUGGUAAAAGCUGUCCGACCGCAACAGUCUCCGCAGCCGACCAGCCUGGAGAGCCUGAAGGCGGCUUGGAGCGGGAGGGACCAGCCAGAGAUGAGCUCUGAGGGAAGAGACGGAAUAGGGCACGGAGGAGGGGCCCCCAGGGGAAGAAAGAAAGGGCCCCGACGCGACGUGAGGACCAUUUUCUCCCCCGGAGAGAGAGACCCCAGGGUGAAGGAGGAGUUCGGGGACGGACACACCUUUGAGCCCGGAGGGGAACAGACCUGGUGUGAUAAGUGCUGCAACUACAUCCACCGGGAUGGCCUCACCUGUUCAGGUUGUAAAUAUACAUGUCACGCUGCAUGUCGGGACAGGGUGUCACUCGACUGUCGUCCUGCAGCAUCACCCAUCAGUCAGGACCAGCUGAACAACAACACGCCGCUCCAUGAUGUGGAGAAGGAGAGAGAGUUGCGGACAGAGUUCAGCCAGAAGGAAAUCAGGCUGAAGAUCGAGCAGUACAACUCGUUGACCAAAGACCACCUUAAAAUGACACUGGGGCCUACGGGUGUGUACACUGGUUUCAUUAAGGUCCAAAUGGAUCUGAGGAGGCCGGUGACGGUGCACGGUCAAAAAGGAACAGGAGGAACCGUGAUUGGAGAUGCCUUCUAUCUGCCCCAAGGAGUCACCAAAACACUCCACAUCAGCUCCAAUAACACAGUCAGACAGGUCAUCGUCGCCCUCCUGAACAAGUACACAGUCAUGGACAACCCGGCCAAAUACGCCCUGUACAAGCGCAGCCACAGGGAGGAGCAAGAGUACGUGUGUAAGCUGGCAGAUGGCGAGCAGCCUCUGUUUCUUCGUCUGGUGGCGGGACCCGACCUGGAAACGCUCAGCUUCGUACUGAGGGAACAGACCGGAGAAGUCAUGUGGGAUGCUUUCUCCAUCCCCGAGCUGCGUAACUUCCUGCAGAUCCUUGACAAAGAGGAAAAGGAGCAGAAGGAGGCGGUGAUUCGCCGCUAUGAAGCCUACAGGCAUAGACUCCAGGAGGCAUUACUGGAGGUCAGAGUGCCUUCUCUGAGGAUUUAACCUCCAUGAAACAUGACUGCUGCUCCCCAGAGGGGUGAACAGAGGAGAAAUCCAGUGUACAUUUUGUUGGAGGGAGGGAUGUGAGGAGAUGCAGCACCAGGGAAACGGGAUGAAACUGAUGGAGAGAUAAUAAGAGGACAAAAAAAUGAAGACAACACAUGAAGGACAAGCAGAUAAAGGAUAAAUGGACGGCUUUUCAAGACCUUAAACAGCUGCCUGCUCGGCCCAGUCGGCCGGAGGACACCACAGAUUUACUCAACUGUGCCAUAUUCAUUCAUCCUCUCAGCUGUUCUCCGUCCAUCCCUCUCUUCUUCUCUCAUUCUGUCCUGCUGUCACAAAAUUUAUGUAGUUCAUUUGAUUCCUCUUUGUACCCCUCUUUGUUUUUAUUCUUCAAACAAAGACUCGAGGCCAUAUGUUGGGUUAUUUUUUAUUUAAUUUGUUUUGUUUUAAAGGUCUGUACAUAUUUUUCUUAAUUUAUAUGGGUGAAGCUUUUUUUGUUUUUCUUUCUAAAACAAAGUCUUAUUUUCAUUUAUAAUAUAGAGGCAGAAACAAUAUGAAUUUUGACACAGUAACAGAGUAGUUUGUUCAGGCUGUAACUAGAUAUAUAGACAUAGAUGAUAAGAACAACAGACGCCAGUUUAAACUAAGUUGAGCUGAUUUUAAUCACCAACAGGCCAAGAACAGCAUGCUGACAGUUCACUGAUGCAAAUGGGAUAUAUUUCUGAAAGGAGGAGGGUGUAGGUUCAAGAAAGGUAUGGAGUCCCAAGUGUGCCGAACAAAAUUAGCACAUUAUUUUACAAUGAUAUGGUUAUUUUCAUCAUAUUUAAUAACAUUAGUUUUAUGGCUUUUAUUAAGAAAAUAAGCAGUUAAAAUCACAACCAGAUCUGAUGUAGAAACUGAUGCAUUUUUCCAAAACAAAAAUAACUUAAUUGCAUUUACAUUGUUUUUAUUGUUCUGAUACAAAGAUCUUUGCAUAUUGUCACUUUCUUAAAUUAAUGGCUUAAUGAGUUUUUUUUGUUUUUUUCAAAAUAUAUAUUUUUUUGUUUUCAAUAUUUGGUUUAGUUUUUGUGUUUUGAGGAAAAAAACAUG